AAACGGUGUAGGCCUUAGCUUACUCCAGGUUGCACAGAGCGGUCUACUGUAUCCGUAUACACGAUAAACCUUUUUAUUUGUAGAGUAAUGCGCGGUUGAAGCUAGCAAAAGCCGUUUCCGGUUUCCUCAAAAUCCCAAAUUCCCAACCCCCUUCAAGCUGACGACUCACAGUAAACGUUCUUCUACUGCAUCUUCCUUCCAACCCUUCUCUUCCAUAUUAUCAGUAAUAGCACUUUCAGUAUCAGUCCGUACAAUCCAAUUGCCUCCGCAAUGGGUUCCUCGGAAUCCACUCUUUCGCAGGAACCUGCCGAUGAGAUCACUACCGUCUCCGAGAAAGUAGAGGACGUUGAUCCCCUUUUAGACCGUAUUAAAUCUCUCCAACUAUCAACUCCGAUACUGACGUCUCCGCCGGAGGAGAGCAGCUUGACUGAUAUUCUCGUGAGAAAGCCGUCAUCGGCUUCGGUUCCAGGUACUCUAAACCCCAAGGUGCUGUUGGAGCUCUUUUCGAUGUACCGUGAUUGGCAGGAAGAGAAAGCCAAAAAGAUCAGCCAGAAACAAGAGGAGAUAGAGAACAGAAUAGAAGUGGCAGAUGCUUUGGCAGUAAAACUUCUUCAGCGUUUCAAUUACUCAGUAUCAACUAUGAGGACAACUGCUUAUCAUCUCGCUGGAGUUCACUCAUUGCAAGUGGAGGUUGGGGAGCUGAAAGGAAGGCUGACCGAGGUAUUAAGUAAUUGUGAUGCAUUGUGCAAGAGAAUUGCUACAGAGGGGCCAGAGUCGCUUCGAUCAUCCAUCAAGCCGUUUGCUGCAAUAACUGCGGAUAUAGUGCCUAGUCAUGACUCUUCUGCUAGUUAAGCCCAAGUUACCCUGAUUUUGGAUUUUUGUAAAUAUUCAACAACCUUCCCACAGGCAACUUCUCUAGUGGAUGCAUUUUAAUAUUCUUUUUCUUUAUUUCUUUAUUUGCUUUUUUAUUUAUUCUUCUUUUUGUUUAAGCAAAAAAGUAUGGGUGGGAGGAGCCGACUCAAUGUCUUCUCAGCUUUGUAUUACGUUUGAUACUGGAAGUGUCGAGAGAUGCAACAUCUAAACCGAAUAGUCUGAAACUGCCAUGUUAAUGUUAAGAUGGACAUUUUCUGUGGUUCCAGUGCUAAGAAAAACUGAAAUGAAAUCACUUUUUGUUCCAUGUAU